AUGAAUCCUCACCAGAAGAACAAGAUUGAUAUCAGCUCGCUUUCCGAGGAGGAGCAGCGCCUCUUCCGACUUUACGGAAAGCUUCCAAACCGCAAUGAUCUUCUUCAAAACAAACUCAAGGAACGCAAGUAUUUCGACUCGGGAGACUAUGCGCUUUCAAAAGCCGGAAAAGCUACUGAUGUCGGUGUGACCUCGAUUGGAUCUCAGCACCCUUCUCCUGAAACAAUCCCUCAUCUUGCCCCCUCUCCUGGACCCCAUGGCAAUGGCAACGGCAACGGCCAGCCUGGACACAGUCAUAGUAUGCAGAACGGAAGCCCGGUCAAGGAAAGCAGCUUCUUGCAUCGGGGCCAAAGCAUUGACGAUGGCGAGCCGGACGAAAAACCCGAGAACCCGGAGCUUCGAGAGGUGAAAGUGAGCCCGCCCCCGGCCAGAGAGGGCGUGCCGAUUCGGUGGCAGCACUAG